AUGGCAGGAGAACUUCCUGGGUUUUACUAUGAUGCGGAAAAGAACAGGUACUUCCCCACCAAAGGUCCAAUACCCGGCUCCCGUCGUGUGACUACUGCUGCUUCUUCUUCCAGCGCUCAAACACCGGCCCAGGUGAGCAAUUCAUGUAGGCGAACCAGAGUAAAAACUUCUAAGCUGCUUCAUGACAGGGAGUUAUGUGGUAAUCUCAUCGCUUCCAGUAAAGGAAGGUGUAACUUUUAUGAGGAAUUCCAAAAGGCGCAAGUAUCCCAUCCUGUGGUUUGGAAAUAUCAGGGAACAAAUCAAUUAGGUGAUGGUGCUUUGGAGCGGAUCCGCAUGGAUGUACAGACAGGAGAGGGACUAACUGAUACGGACUUUGUAUUAGCAGGUGGCGCUGAUGGCUCUUUAAGUAUUUUUGAAGUUGGGAAAGUUGGGCAGGGUCUUGAGUACGGGAUGAAAUGUAAGGCAGAUCGUGUCUGGCCACUGUUGAACGAAAGUCAACUAGAGUGUAGUGAAGUGCCUGGGCACAUAUGGAGACCAGCUCAAGCUACACCACGAAUGCCAUCGAAUAUAUCUCGUAUAAAAUUGUUUGGAAAGCAGUCUCCUGGCACAGAAGAUGAAAGUUCACGCACCCAGCAUAUGUUGCUUGUCUUAAGGCGAAACAUUUAUGAGAUUGCAACUUUCAACUGCACUAUUUGGACUGCAGAUUGUGAACCUGAUGGGAGUCGUGCAGUGAUUGGAACUAACCUGGGAGCUGCUUUGGUGGAUUUGGAAACUGGGAGGGCAUCAUGGCUGUUACGCAGUAAAAGUGAUGUUUUGGCACAACAACUCGUUCACUCGGGAAAUGCUGUUUUAUGCGGACUCAGAAAUGGAGCAAUUGUAACAGUUGAUGUUCGUGAGAAACAGGAAGCAUUUCCUGCAAGACAAGUUAGACAUAGAAUGCGCCCCUCACCUUUGGAUAACACUCUUGGAAAAUCUAGUAAACAAUCGUUGAAGCUUUCCAGAAAUAUGAAUUCUUCUCAUAGCACUAAAAUGCCUUCAUCUAUUGCAAGUUUGGUAUCGCUUCGGUUUGAUGACCAGUACUUCUUGGCAAGCUCCAUGGAUGGAACAGUGAAGCUUUAUGACCAACGGAUAAUCCAAAGAGGAGCUGUACAAUCUUAUGAGGGGCAUGUGAAUUCCCAUACUCGUAUGCAGCUUGGAGUUGACCCAUCUGAGAGAUUUUUUAUGUCAGGUGGAGAGGACUGCAAUUUACGAAUUUGGAGUAUCAAGUCUGGUGAACUGCUUUUUGAGGAUAAAUUCUCUAAAACAGUCCCCUCAACUGUGUGCUGGCGGAACGCUGAACGGUUUAACGGAGAGCAGGAUGAAAGGCGAAGCUAUGAAUACCUUGAUGCCAAAACUUAUGGUUUGGGGGCAUGGAUUGGAUCGCGUGAAGGACUAUUUUACAUGCACUGGCAAGUGUGA